CCUCCCCGCGGCUGCCUGCCUGUCAGAGCGCUUCUGGAGAUAUUACCAGAGACCCGGCCCGCAGCGACAGGCACAAAGUCACAGGGUAAUGAACUUCGGGGACCCUUGGCCGCUGUGCGCGCAGCAGUCCCCGGAAACUCGGACCUGGCCACGUCUUCCCUUGGAAGAUCUCCCAGCAGUCUAGUUUCCCCUCUCAGCGCCCCAGGUUCCGGCAGAGAGGAGAUCUUCUGCCUCUGAGACCGUGGCUGUGAUUUUUGUCUUUCCGUAGAAGAUCAGCGGUCUGUAGAGAUCUGCCUACUCUGCACGCCUAUGUGGAGGGAGAGACUGUAAACUGAGUAACAGGCAUGGGGAAAGAGAGGAAUUUUGCCCCUUUUGCUCCGUAGGAAGAUCAUCUCGGUGUCUCCAUCUCCGUCCUGCAAUUUUCCCCUCUCGCGCUGUCCUCCCUCUUCAGCCUGCCUGUCCAUCCCUCCAUCUGUCUGUUCAAGACUGUGUCCGUACCACCCCACGUUCCCAGCGGCUGCAGUUUUUGCUAGAGCCGGGAAGAAACUUAAGGAUGCUUGCAUUUUCACUGUGGAACGAAUUCUGAGCGCCCGCAGAGCAGGGCAGAGCGCAACCAAUAGCCACCUGUCCCGCCCGGGAGCCUUGCAGGCUGGAGGGCGGCUGGAGAGCGGCGGCGCCCGGCGGCGACGUGGGCGCUGUGGGCCGGGAAUCCGGCAGUGCCCACCAACCGCUGCGCCCCGGGACCGCCAGCAUGAGCAAGCCCGCCGGAUCAACAAGCCGCAUUUUAGACAUCCCCUGCAAAGUAUGUGGGGACCGCAGCUCUGGCAAGCACUACGGGGUCUACGCUUGUGAUGGCUGUUCUGGGUUCUUCAAAAGGAGUAUCCGAAGGAACAGGACUUAUGUCUGCAAGUCUGGAAACCAGGGAGGAUGCCCGGUAGACAAGACACACAGAAACCAGUGCAGGGCGUGUCGACUGAAGAAGUGUUUGGAAGUCAACAUGAACAAAGACGCCGUGCAGCACGAGCGGGGACCUCGGACGUCCACCAUCCGCAAACAGGUGGCCCUCUACUUCCGUGGGCACAAGGAAGACAACGGGGCAGCUGCGCACUUCUCCUCCGCAGCGCUGCCAGCUCCUGCUUUCUUCACAGCGGUCACGCAGCUGGAGCCGCACGGUCUGGAGUUGGCCGCUGUGUCUGCCACCCCGGAGCGGCAGACCCUUGUGAGCCUUGCGCAGCCCACGCCCAAGUAUCCCCAUGAAGUGAAUGGAACCCCAAUGUAUCUCUAUGAAGUGGCCACUGAGUCCGUGUGUGAAUCAGCUGCCAGGCUUCUUUUUAUGAGCAUCAAGUGGGCAAAGAGUGUGCCAGCCUUUUCCACGUUGUCUUUGCAAGACCAGCUGAUGCUUCUGGAAGACGCUUGGAGAGAACUGUUUGUUCUAGGAAUAGCACAAUGGGCCAUUCCGGUUGAUGCUAACACUCUACUGGCUGUAUCUGGCAUGAACAGUGACAACACAGACUCCCAGAAGCUGAACAAGAUCAUAUCUGAAAUACAGGCUUUGCAGGAGGUGGUGGCUCGGUUCAGGCAGCUCCGAUUAGACGCCACGGAAUUUGCCUGUCUGAAAUGCAUUGUCACUUUCAAAGCUGUUCCUACACACAGUGGCUCUGAGCUGAGAAGUUUCCGGAACGCUGCCGCCAUUGCAGCUCUUCAAGACGAGGCUCAGCUAACUCUUAACAGCUACAUUCAUACCAGAUAUCCCACUCAACCCUGCCGCUUCGGGAAACUCCUGUUGCUUUUGCCAGCUUUACGAUCAAUUAGCCCAUCCACCAUAGAAGAAGUGUUUUUCAAAAAAACCAUCGGCAACGUGCCGAUUACGAGACUGCUUUCAGAUAUGUACAAGUCCAGCGACAUCUAAGCCCCCGAGUGCCCACGUUUCAAGAUGGGGCAGUAUCAGAUGGACUUCCGCCAGGCAGGACCAGCCUCUACUAACAAACCUUUCUGGAAGGAAGAAACCUGGGAAUGAGUUGCCUUCCAUGAA